CUCUAGCGGCUAUAUCUCAACUAACCAAGGUUAGAAAAAGUUACUAUGAUCGUACUGGUAUAACGUGUAAGACUAAGUUUUAUAUAAAUCCGUGUUAAAUAAAGAAAAAGUGUAAUAUAGAAAUGGCAUUAUUACGACGUUUAAUUUCAAGGGAGAUGCAGGAAAUGGCCUAUAAUUUGUCUGGAUUUAAUAAGUAUGGUUUAUUUAGAGAUGAUUUAUUGCAUGAAACGCCAGUGGUAAUAGAAGCAUUAAGACGUCUACCUGAACAUUUAGUAGACGAACGUAAUUUCCGUUUAAUCAGAUCCAUGCAGUUGUGUUGUCAAAAGGUAGUUUUACCGCGAGAACAAUGGACUAAAUUGGACGAGGAUAUAAUGUACCUUCAGCCAUAUAUACAAGAAGUAUUAAGGGAAAAGGAAGAGCAAGAAAGAUGGAAUGCGGAAUAAAGUACAACUGUUUGGUAGUGAAUUUAUCUUAUUUAUAGUUUAUAAUCUAAAAAUAUUGAUUUAUAUAUAUAUACGUAUACAUAGAUAAAGAUGAAAAUAAAUUAUACUUCUCGCUCGUA